GCCUGCCACCGUAAUGUCAAUUGUCAACAAGAUAGACGAAUAGCUAUUUAAAACUUACUGAAUAUGUUUAUCAAACUUUAGCAUUUCCCGAUAUUUCUUUGAAAUUUUCGGUUAAGUUAGAAAUCCAUUUGUCCAACAUGGAUCCAUGUUUUUUAAAACCAGUCCAACCUCAUAUUUUUAAAGCAAUCAAAGAUAUAGAUAUCGAUGUACUCGUAAAGUCAUCGCCUGAUGAAAUCAGACCCAUUAUACCAUGUCUGGUUCGAAUGGCUCUAAUAUCCCCCUUGGAUGUGACACAAUAUUGUGCUGAAGCCAAAAAGGAGAUACUUACCCUUUUAUCUGGCAUUGAUUUGGUCAACUUCAUAGUAUCGCUCCUAUCUAUUGAAUUUCAUACAUUGGAAGUCGACCUCAAGAAAGAACAGCAAAUAAGACAAAAAAGUGGCACUCAAACCACUGAAUCAUUCUUGAUACCCAAUCCUGUAAAUGGAAUAUCAAAUGACUUUGAGCAGUCAGACUCUGCAAGACGUGUCCGCCUUGUAUUAUCAGAAAUAUUACAAAUGCAAGCUCAAAUAGUAGAGUAUCAGCAAAAUAGACAUACAAACAAUGAUUGUUCAGUAAAACCUUCUGAACUUUUUGACAAUGAUGUUUAUUUGGAGGAAAUAACUGAUGUCAUAUGCAUAAGCCUUGCAGAACUACCCAACUUGCUCAACAUCUCAGAUAUUGUAGAAGUGCUUCUUCAUGUCAAUAAAGGUCCUGUUAUAGUGUCAUGGGUUGUGGCAAACAUGCCUGAUACAUUAUAUGAAGUGGCUGAAUCUCUUGUUCUUAACGCUGAAAGAGGUGAGGAAGGAGGUAUUCGUGCAAAAGCUUUGAUGAGUCUUUGUGCUAUGUGUCCCUAUUUAUCAGCAACAGUUCGAGCAAAAGCAGUUUCUGCAUCUCGUUUACCCGCUUUAGUUUUGAAUCUUACAUUGACUCAUCAUCAAGAUGAUUUGGUUUCCUUUAUGUCAGGUCUGUUACUUGGGUCUGAUCAAUCAACAAGGGGAUGGUUUGCUACAUUUCUAAGAAACUCUCACAAAAGAGGAAAAGGUGAUGGUAACGCUGCAUUAAUAAAGUUAAGACAAGAGCUACUCAAGAGAUUAAAAGAUGCCUCUGCUGGUGUUGAAGCAUCAGCUUUAUUGAGAUUGUAUUGUGCCUUACGAGGAAUUGCAGGAAUUAAAUUCCAAGAUGAUGAAGUGUCAGGCCUACUAAGAUUGGUUACCCAGAAGCCUCCACCUACACCUGCAGGUGUUCGUUUUGUAUCUCUAAGCCUGUGUAUGAUUCUGGCAUGUCCAUCAUUAAUGACUGCAGCAGAUCAUGAGAAAAAAGCUAUAGAAUGGGUACAAUGGCUAGUUAAAGAAGAAGCUUACUUUGAAAGUAAUUCAGGUGUUACGGCAUCCUUUGGAGAAAUGCUUUUAUUAAUUGCAAUACAUUUUCAUUCUGGUCAACUAGCUGCUGUAGGCGAAUUAGUUUGCGCCACUCUCGGUAUGCGCGUACCCGUUCGUCCGAAUGGCUUAGCUCGUAUCAAGCAAGCAUUUACGCAAGAAAUAUUUACGGAACAGGUUGUUACUGCCCAUGCAGUAAAAGUUCCUGUCACAGCUAAUCUUAACGGAAAUAUCCCAGGAUAUUUACCUGUGCAUUGCAUUCAUCAACUGCUAAAGUCUCGUGCAUUUUCCAAACAUAAAGUGCCAAUUAAAAAUUGGAUUUACAAACAAAUAUGCAAUUGUACAGCCCCAUUACAUCCUGUGAUGCCAGCAUUGGUUGAGGUUUAUGUUAGCUCUAUACUUGUUAUUAACAAUAAAGGCAACAGUGAAUAUGUUAAUAAACCUAUAACAGAAGAAGAAAUCAGAAAAGUAUUUAGAAAUUCAAUUUUUGGUGUGAAUUUUGACCAACAAAAUAAAGGAUUUUCUCCAAUGGAAAUAGAUAAUGGAGAGUCCUCUGUGGACAUUAGAAUUGAAAAACCGACUCUGGCUUCGCAACUUCUGUUAAUUUAUUAUCUUUUGCUUUAUGAGGAUAUCAGACUUUCUAAUACAGCUACACUCAUAGCUAAUGGAAGAAAAAUAAAAAGUUAUUCUGCAGCCUUUCUCUCUGAAUUGCCGAUCAAAUAUUUGUUACAUCAAGCACAGAAAGAUCAAAUGAGCUAUGGAGUACUUUUCAGUCCACUACUUCGACUUUUGGCAACACAUUUUCCACAACUAUCUCUUGUUGAUGAUUGGAUGGAUGAUCAAGUAUUUGGAGACUCAUGUCGUCAUCAAAUUGAUGUUGAAUUAUCCGAAUCAUCCAUCAAUGAAGCUUUUCAGUGCAUUGAAGAAAAUCCGUACAAAACAGGAAAAGUGUUAAAAGCAAUGCUUAGCAAAAACCCCACAGACAUAUGGCCGUUUGCCGAAAUAUUUGUAAAGUAUUUUAAAAGUGUACUCAGUGAUCAAGUACCGCGACAUAUCCAAGAAUUGUACCGCGAAGUUUGGUUACGACUGAACACUGUUUUGCCGCGUUGUCUAUGGAUUAUGACCAUUAAUGCUUUACUCGACAUCAAUGGAAAUGGCAGAAAUGUUACGAUUACACAAGAAAAUGUAUUAGUUGAUCCAUUACAAGUAUUAAGGUGUGAUAUCAGAGUUUUUAGAUGCGGACCCAUAUUAAAAAUAAUACUUAGAAUUUUGGAAGCUAGUUUAGCAGCCUCAAGAAGUCAGCUAAGUCGUCAUUUGUUAGACAAACCACUUCUUGAAAAAAGUGGUCAAUUGACAUCGGAUUCAGAAAGAGAAGAAUUAAAAAACGCUUUAGUAGCAGCUCAGGAAAGUGCAGCAUUACAAAUUUUGUUAGAGGCGUGUUUAGAAACGAGUGAGGAUCAGUCUAAACCUGAGUUAAUGUGGUCCUUGCGAGAAGUCAGAAGCAUAAUUUGUUCUUUUCUGCAUCAAGUAUUUAUAUCUGAGCCCUCGUUGGCCAAACUCGUACAUUUUCAAGGAUACCCUAGGGAACUCCUGCCGGUGACUAUUCAGGGUAUCCCUUCGAUGCACAUUUGCUUAGAUUUUAUUCCAGAGCUUCUAAGUCAAGCCUCCUUAGAAAAGCAAAUAUUUGCAGUUGACCUCGUUUCCCAUUUGUCUAUACAAUAUGCACUUCCAAAGGCAAUGUCGAUUGCUAGAUUGUGUGUUAAUACGCUGUCUACUCUCCUGUCCGUAUUGCCGAGUGAUUUACGACUAGAAUUAUUUCAACCGAUUCUAAAAUCACUCGUAAGAAUUUGCACCGCAUUCCCAUCGUUACUGGAAGAUAUAACAUCAUUAUUGCUGCAGCUGGGAAGAAUCUGCGAAUCGCAAGCGUCUCUCGGACAUUGUUGGAACGACACAAACAUUUUAGGCGAAGGAGCUUAUGUUUCUUCGGACGUACAGAGCGACACGAAAGUUUUGGUUGCUGAAGUUUUAUGCAGAGAUAUCAAAGUAACCAUGUCCGAAAUAGUACAGAAAGCAUUAUUAAACGAUAAGUUAUAUUAGGAAGUAAGAAAUAAAUUCUUUUACUAAUGUAGAUUUUUUAUUUAUCUUAUUAUAUCUUUAAA